AUAUGAAUCCCUUACAAACAAAAUUGUGAAGAUGUGUCUCUAAUAAGAAUAUCGGUUAAAAAUUGUUCCGUUCAGUUCUAUAUUUGCAAAAAUAUGUGGAAUUGAAACUAAGUAAAAAGCCCGGCGCCAUUUUGUAGUCGUCGAACAGAAACUGUUCAAAAGUCCUUACUUGAAUCCAAGCCCGGAAACAUAUUAAUUUAACAUUUUGAUUUAUGUUUUCUGAAUGUUAAAGUAGCUAAGUCUCUAACUCAGUAUCGCCCAGGGCCGUAUGUAGGAUUUUAAAAGUGGGGAUGCAGCCGAGUGGUGGGGCCCCAUAGCCUCCACGUAUGUGAUAUAAGAAAGUUUCGAUCAGGGCAAACGAACCCAUUGGCGUGUGAUCGCCCUUAAAACCGAUCGACCGAUCAGUGCCUUAAGAGCAUUACUGUGUGAUCAUAAUCAAGUGUAUUAUUUUAUAAUUGAAAGAUUGUCAAAUAAUUUUUGUUUUUUGGGAUAGGGUGGGGGGGUGCAAUUUCUCGGGGCGCCCUAUUUUUCUGGGGGUGCAAUGUACCCCCUGCACCCCCGCUAAAUACGACCCUGAUAUCGCCCAAAGUCUUUGGAAUUGAAAACGUGUAUUAUUUGCAAAUUUAAAACAACAGUGAUGUUGUGAUCUCACCGGGAAAAGAUGGGCUUCUGAUAUCCAAUAUAUUAGACAAAAUAAACAUUUUACCAUUGGUACACAAAUCGUGUACCAUAAUGCGUUUCAGCGCCAUUUGUAACAAGGGACUCGAAGAACGAGGCUAGGCAUAUUCCACAAGUCAUCUCAAACGGUGACGUAAUAUUCUUAUCUUAAGAGCAUACGCAAUAAAUACUAUCCGUGUAGACUGGAAUAACCAGACGCUAGAGAUUUCCAUUCGAUUGAGACUUCUGGAGUAUUUCGCCGAACAAAACUGAUUAGAAAUUACAAUAAAAACAGAAAAGAUUGAAUGCAAAGAAAAAGACUACAUCAUCAGCGGCUUUCAAAAUUGCAGAUGUGGAAACACUCUACAGAGAAGCCAAAGAAAGGGGUAUCCAGGAGGAUUGAGAAAGGAAUGGCAGAUAUAAAAAGCAAAGGCAUAUUGUUAUCGUUGUCAGCGGGGACUACGGCAGCUUUAGCUUCAGUCAGUGCUAAGUUAGCCACCAGCAGUGAAGCAGAUAAAUUAAGCAAAUUCAUUUUGUUGAUCGAUAAUAGCAAACAAAUUGACCAAGAUUCUGUGACGUUAGUAAUCAGAGUGAUAUCAAUAUGUGAAAUAUUUUUAUGCAAUGCAUUGAUGUGGACUUUAUUUACUAAAUCUCUACAACAUUUACCAUCAUUACAGGCCACCAUUACUAAUACAGCAGCUAAUUUCCUAGUUUCAGCAAUUAUAGGUAAAGUUUUAUUUGGAGAAGUACUAGAAUUUUUAUGGUGGAUAGGAAGUUUAUUAAUAUUACUGGGUUUAUUGUUAAUACAUAAAGGAACUCAAACUGAUGACCAGAAAAAACAUUUAUAAAUGACAGGGACUACCCAUUUUAAUCAUGUGUAAAUAGACAUUUACUAGAUAUAUUUUUGAUAUUUUAUUUUACAAGACAUCUGUAAUUUAUUUAUUUUAAAAAAUAUGUUUAUUGUUGUUGCUUAUUAUUC